AAAGAAAAGAUGACACACCAUUUUUAAUUUUCAUUCAUCACCAUUCACAAAAAAAAAACCCCACCUUUCUCUCCUAUUCAGAAAUCCAUAUUCUCUCCCUUAUAAAUACUACCUUCACCCACUAAGUACUUCUCAACAACUUUCUUUUCCUUUCCUCUAAAACAACCUCUAGAAUAAAAAAUAAAAAAAAAAAAAAAAAAUGAGGCCAGGAAUGACAUUAAAAAUAGGGGGUACAUUUGAAGCACAACAACAUCCACCGUAUGAACAGGAGCACCACCACAUAGCCCCAACCACUGCCGGGUGGAAGUCACCCGUGCCAUACUUAUUCGGAGGACUCGCGGCGAUGCUGGGUCUUAUAGCAUUCGCGCUGCUCAUCCUUGCUUGUUCAUACUGGAAACUCUCCGGCUACCUCGACGCCGGAGAAGAUACCGGAGAAUUUAAUGACGAUGGAAAACCAAAGGAUGUUGCUAACGACGUUACCACGUCUCCGAAUAGCAUACUAGUCAUCAUGGCGGGAGAGGAGAAUCCCACUUUUUUGGCUACCCCGGCCACUAGCACUAGCACUAGCACUAGCACUAGCUCUAGCAGAGCUUCCUCUUUCCAAGAUUCCAACCGUAGUAAGGCUAGUAUCAGUGAUGGGGGUGAAAAGAGGGUGGAUGAUUUAGAAACAACGACGAUGACGAGUACAAGUACAGCGGUUGAUGAAGAGAAAAGCUGAGAAACGACAACCUGAGUAUGAGUAUGUUCAGGGGCGGAUUAUAGAAGGGGCGUUUGGGGGCUUGGCCCCAUAACUGUAUAAGAUAAAUUAAGUAAAUUAUAGGUCAUAUCACAAAACAAACCGUGGCAUAAUAGCAGUGAAGCAAGGUGUAAAAGAAAGUUCGAGCUCUAAAGGUUGCAAGUUCAUACCUUGCAUCAACACAUUUGUUUAUUAUUAUUAUGCUCAGGUAUGUUAUGGCAUGGUAUGGACUAUGGGCCCGAGUAAACAUUAAAGUUUUAAAGCUCUUUUUUCUUUUUGGGGAAAUUGGAAAAUGAAAAAAAAUUACUAUGGUUUUUUUCCCCACCUUAAUUACGUGGUACUCAGAUGUGACCGGUAGGGGUGUAAGUUAUUUGGUUAAAAACCGAAAACCAAACCAAACCAAACCGAAUUAGUAAUUUGGUUUGGUUUUUUUUGAAAUUCGGUUUGGUUUGGAUUCAAAAAAAUUAUUUUUUCGGUUUUUCGGUUUGGAUUGGUUUUGGUUUUGGAAAACCGAAAAAACCGAAAAAAACCGAAUUAUUGUCACUUAACAUACGAAUUUUGUCUAUUAUAUUUUUUGUGUUUCUUUUUUUUAAUAUUAAUUACGAAAAUACAAAAAUAUUGUCACUUGAAAUACAAAUUAUCAAAAAAUUUGGUUUAAAUUCGGUUUGGUUUUUAUCUUGGUUUGAUUUAAUUUCAUUUCGGUUUGGAUUUUGGAAUAUGAAAAAAAAUUGGUUUGUUUUGGUUUGGAUUUUGAAAGAUAAAAAAAAUCCGGUUUGGUUUGGUUUGGUUUGGUUUUUGAUUUCAUAUUUUGGUUUGGUUUGGUUUGGAUUGAGUCGAAUUUCGGUUUGGAUUUGGUUUGGAAAUUUCAAAACCGAAUUUAUUUUGGUUUGGUUUGGUUUUGACCUUAAACCAAACCAAAAACCGAACUUACACCCCUAGUGACCGGGGGUGAGGAUUAGGUACAUAUGUAGAGGAGAUUUGGUUUAACCUUUUUUUAUUUGGGUAAUGAAAUUAGUUGAGUAGUUUUGUUGAUUAAAAAGCUUGAUGAUAUAAAUCAAGCUUCUUCUUUUCUUUUUUUUUCCUUUUCUCUAUUAAUCCUCCUUGUGAGUGGAAAACGUUAAUUGUCCAGUUUAGAUGGAAAAAUUAUACCAAAGCUGAAUUUAAGCAUUGUAUAUAUGUUCUUACUAUUUCUUUU